AUGUCUCCAUUUGAGGUCGACCCAUCGCAAUGGCCUAUGUUCGCAUCCAAGCUCACGGCCUCCAUUGUGGCACUCUUUCUUGAAACAUUGCUCUUUGGCACGUUUGCCGUCACCUAUACUAUGGGCGCGUGGUCUUUGUUAAAAACCCUUGCCUCACGGGGGAGAUCAUCGCGAGACUGGGUUUUACUGGCUACCAGCACGACUAUGUUCGGGCUGGCUCUUGUGUUAACGAUCGCCGGCUUCGUUGCAAAUAACUCGCCAACCGUAUUUGAUGUCUAUUCCACGCUAGAAGGCUUCGAGUUUAGAUCCCCUCUGUGGUUUGCCCGGUUAGGCAUCUAUGUCACGCAGACGCUUAUCGGCGACACUUUCAUGAUAUACAGAGUUUUUCUUGUGUGGAAUCGCAGCCGGAAAGUCAUCAUUCUCCCUGCGAUACUGUGUCUUAUCCACGGCGUAUGUGGUUAUGUCACACUGGGGGGCUUGCUUCUGUCCGAACCCGUGUUCAAAUCGGACCGCUUCCUCCCCGUCAAGAUAUUCACCUUACUGGCAUUUUUCUGUCUCUCGUUCACCUCCAACGUACUCAGCUCCGCUCUCAUUAUUUGGCGCGUCUUCCGCAAUGCGAACCGGUAUACGCCGCCGUCAACAAGGCUCAAGCUCUAUCGAAUGGUAGUUGAGGCUAUCGUGCAGUCCGCUGCCAUCUAUUCCAUGGCGUCCCUCUCUCUGAUUAUCACAAAUGUCGAGAGCAUCGACGUCGGCUUCGAGGUGUGCCUCAGCCUCUUCCCGCCGCUUAUUGGCCUCGUAUUCUCCUUCAUCGUCCUUCGAAUGGCCAGGAGCUCUGCAGAAGACGUAGCGCGCCGACUUGCUUCGCACACAAGAGACUGGGAAUCGGACAAGCCGAGCUGCAUCAUCACGAGCCACAUCCGCCCUACGAACGUCCAGUUGCACACACCCCCUGUUCCCCUUCCCGUAUCUCGCCUUACAACUCGCGAACUCCCGACAGACGCGCAGACCACGUAUAUAUGCAACGCGAGCACGAGCAGCAUCAAGCCGGCAGACGGUGACUUCGAAGGCUGA